UCAAUGUCAUGUCAUUACGAUAUUGUUGUUUUUGUCGUGAUUCACGCCGUGAUUGUUUUGAUUUCAAAUUUUCAACUAUUUUAAUAAAUGCCAUAUUUUCUUAAUUGACUUGUACAGCAAUGGUUCGUUUUAAAAAUAGAUAUAUCACUGUUGAGAUAGUAGCUCCUUUAAUACCAGACGACAAACCACUUGAGUUAAAACCGAAGAUAUUCCACAACACUGUUCUAAGUAAAAUUCAACAGAUGUAUGGUGAUUUUGGUGUUGCUGCUGUCACAAAUGGAUUUCUCACAAAAUAUUGCAAUGAACAUACAAGAAUAGCUAUAAUAAGAUCAAGACAUGGACCACACAGAUUUGUCACUAGUAGUCUUCCAUUCAUUACUAAAAUAGGUAAUCUUGAUGUUAGGCUGAAUACAUUGCAUGUCGGUGCCACACUAAAACAUUGUUUUAAGUUCAUACAAAAGCAUCAGAGAGCCUAUUUAGAUACAACGUGGUGUAAAUUAAAGACUGAUGAAGAAAGGCGAAAGUUAGAAGCUGCUGUCCUAGACUAUACAAAAACAGAUGUUGCUAUAAAUAUAGAAAAUAUUACAUGACAAUGUCUUUAAUUUACCUAGAUUUUUUUAUAUGCAUGUUUCGAAUUCCAUGUAUUGUAUCUAACCUCUGAAUGGAACCCCUGAGACAGAUAGCCAAACAUUCAUGACAGUGAUAAUGAAGUCAUCAUACUUUUAAUAUUCUUAAAAACACAAAAUGUAUACCCAAAAACAUAAAAGAGAAGAACAUAAUAACUACUUAUCACGGAGUUACCUAUACAAUUAAUAA